AUGAAUCAGGAGAACACGCCUGCUAUCGACAAGUCACCAGAGCCCAGAGAGGAACCCAGGCAUGCAGGAGCGCCUGGACUAACCCAGAUCCUAAAUGAUUCCCCCCAGCAGCUAUCUGCCAGCUUUGCCCUCUCCCUCUUCCACUCCCCAGGGUCCCGGGUUUCCCCACUCCAUUGGCUCUUAGCUCUCAUUUCCCACCUCCGGGAUCCGGCCUUGGCUCCCCCCGGGGACGUGUGGCUGGUGUGUGACCCCGAGGGUCCCCACGACCGCGAGGGGACCGCGAGGCCUCACCGCCACGGCACAGACCUGGCGGUUCAACUAAGAAGAGUCGGGACCCGGCGCCUCUCGGCCGUGGCGCAGCCGCACUGGGGGCGGCCCCAGCGCGGUACACAGACUUGCGGGGAGGGGGAAGAUAAGUCCUGUUUCGUUGUUACAAAUGCAACAAGACGCUCAGCCGCGCAACCCGCGCCGCGCCGGGGCCGACUACGACUCCCAGGGUGCCCCGCGGCCGCGGCCUGUCCCCAUGGCAACGGCGCCGCGCCCCACCGGCCGAGGAAGCCGUGCAAGAAGAUAAUAAGUCAGGAAGUGGCACAGAAAGCAGGGAUGCUAAUGAUUCUCCAAAAACAAAUAAAAGUAUUAAAAGCAGCAUCUGUGGCAAAAGUAAUGAUUGUAGGCAAUGCAGUAGAGAAUAUGAAAGUGAAAAUUCUCAUGCUAGCUAUUCUGAGGACUUCAUCAGACUGCUCAGAAGCAGCUAGAAGGAGCAAUGAUUUAAAACUUUCAGGAACUGAAGAGAAGAAAUCACAGAAAAAGAAGAAAAAGAAAAAAGGGCAGCAUAUGGUCCCCCCAAAAGGAGGGAAGAAAUUGCCACCUAAGAAGAUGCAACAUAAGAAUACUUCAUUUUUAAGCCUGAAAAAUAAUACAAUUUCCCAGAAGAAAAAUGCAGUGGCUCAGCGAAUAUCAUCAGCAAAAUUUCAGAAAAUUAGAGAGCUGAAAAAUGAACUAUUUGAUUUACAACACAAGCUAGAAGCAUCAAACUUAGAAAACCAGAUUCUGAAAAAGCUUCAGUGUCGGCACUUGAAAGCAAUAGGUAGAUAUGAAAAUUCAGAAAAUAACUUGCCUGAUCUUUUGGCAAGACAUUAUACUGAGGUAAGAACUUUAAGGAAACUCCUGAGGAUAUCUCAGGAGGAAGAAAGACAGACAUCCAGGAAGCUCAGAAAAGUUGAAGCAGAGCUGCUAAAAAACAAAGAUGCUUUGCAGGCAUUGCAUAAACUUUCGGAAGACAAGGCUCUUGCAGAGAGAGAUGAACUUAAUCACAGAUUAUCAGUCUUUACAGAAAAAAUAGAAGUCAAUAAUAAGAGAAUACAGGUCCUCGAAAAACAGCUGAAGUUAAACAAUAGCACCUUUAAUCGUCAGCUGGCAGAUGAGAAUAAAAAAGCUGUUGAAGCUGGAAUAAUUGCAAAACACUUGCAAAUGGAAAUUAAAACUCUUCACCAAAAAAUUAAGGAAAAGGAACGAGAACUGUGUAUAAGAAAUAUAUAUGCAAAUCGGAUGCUUAAAAUUUCGAAGGACAAAGGUGAUUCAGUACCUCAUGAAAAAAGUCUUAGUUUAAACAAAUCAGUCCAAGUAGACAGACAGACUUUUAGAUCACUUCUGCUGUCACAAUACCAAACCAAGGAAACAGAAAAAUGUCCCACUCAGCUAUCAAAGGAGGAAAAGCAUUCAGAAGAUAAAAAUCAAAAAGUUAAAGCCAAUGAAGCACACACUGAUGUCCAACAUAGAAUAGAAAAGCAAGCAACCAAGAAAAUCCCAAAGCUGGAAACGUUUAAUAGAACAUGUAGAGAAUUUUUAAGGGAAAGCAAACCAGUAAUGGAAGAACACACACAUUUGGAAUACAUGGAAGAGGAAAAAAAGAGAGAAGAGCAAAAAAGUAAAGCUGAAUUGCUUAAACAGGAGCUGAAAAAAAUGAUGAAAACUGAACAAACUCCUCAAAAUGAAAUUAUAAAAGAGAACAAUCAAGAAGGAGAUGCAGUGGAAGACUAUGAAGAAGAACAAAAGCCAGACAAACAAUUAAAUAAUAGUGGGAAGGAAGACAGUAAAUGUGUAACUUCUAUUCAAAGAAUCAAAACACCCAUUAGACUGAAAAAACAAUACAUAUUCUCAGAAGCCACUGAAAAUUUGCAUCAUGGACUUCCUGUAUCAGGUACAAAAUCCAGAACAGGCAGCCUCUGCAACCACAGACAUGCAUUUCAGGAAUGCUGUGCAAUAGCUGAAUCAAAAGUGAAAAAUUCAUUUGGACUAUAUGAAUCGUCUUUUGGUAAAGUUACCAACACAAGGCAGAAGGACAAUGUGGUUGAAGUGGGAGGCUGCACUCAUAUGACUUUCACUGAAAGGAAAAACAGUCUUAUGAAAGAACUCUUUGGACCAAGCUGUGUUCUAAAAGAUAACCCUUCAGAUUAUAUCAUGAGAGAAGUAGAGAAGUGA